UGAAAUUCAGUUGUUGGUGGAACAUCAUAUUUGGGACUUGAAGCGAAUGAAUUAAAUAAGUUCACGUCUUUAUAGUUGACUUUAUUUCUUAAUGAGAGGUAGUUGAAUCUGAAAGAGGAAUGGGUUAUCAGUCUUUUGGAAGCCCUCAGAGACCAAAAGGGGCUACCAUGAAGUUUACAUUGAAGGUGAUACUAGUUUUGGUUGUGUGUGCCUGGUUGGUAUACCAAAUCAUGCAUUCUAUGAAUAAGACAGGGAACUACGGCGGUCAAACACAGCAUGUUUUAGGAUAUGGAGCUGUAUUUUUCGGGCGCAAAGGGCUGGACGAAAGAGCUCUUCCCGGUCUGCGAAAUGUAAAUUCUGUAGAAGAUAAAGGGUCAAGUAAUGGCAGGGAUGAUGAUAAUACUGAACAAGAAUCUGUCAAUUGGACAAAUGGAGAAAAUGCAGUGGAAGAUGAAUUAGAAAGUCAACAUAAGGAACCAUCAUCCAGGAAUGGACACAAUGGUUCUUCUCUUGAAGAAUCUGGAAAGGUUUUCAUAGAAAGGAAGUUGGACCAUAAAGACCAUGUCAUUGACAAGUACCAAAAGAUACUAAUAGAAGGUGUUGCUACAAGUAAUAAGAAGGGAGGAGGAGAAGAAGAACUCAAGGAAACUCCAAAUGCUGAUUCAGAUUUCUUGGCAAAGGAGAAUGACAAAGACACCAGGACGCAGGAAAGCGUGGUUGAGCGGGCUAUGGAUGAUGUCUUAAGCUUCCAUGAUGAAAACGGUGUCCCUCCUGAUGGUAAUGAAACUAAAACAGUAGCUCAUGAAGAUAACAUGUCAAAAGUUAGCUAGGGAAUCAGGCUAGGAAAAAUUAAUGCCAAUAAAGUUACAUUUGGAGAAGAUAAGGGGGUUGAAGUGAGACUCUGGAAGGACAAGAGAAUAAUGCUGCAGCAGUUGAAGAAUUUAACUCUCAAGCCUUUACUCAUGGUGAUAUUUCAGGCAUCAAGGACCGACCAGUAAUAGAAAGAGGAGAUGGUAAAGUUUUAUGACAUUAUGGAUCUGUUCCAUACCAUUGUAAAUUGGAGUGCAGGAAAGGCAUGUUCUCAUUUGUUUGAUAAUACAGAGAACCGUAGAGGAGAUCAAUUGCUAGGUAAUAUUAGCUUUUGGCAAUGUAAUGUUACAGAUAUUUUGUAACAACAAAGCAUUCAUGGUCUUGUAAUUUGCAAGUUGUAAUGGAACCCUUUUACAUGCUAUGAUCAA